AUGAGUUCAGUUCACUCAUGUGCCAGAGCACUCGCACGCUGGCCGCAGCGGCCUGGGCAGUUGCAACACGCAUGGCGACUACCAAGUAACAAUACUUUCUCAACGUCGCCGGUGCUAGCAGGUAAUCGAGCUAUCGUCUACAAUACCAAUGGUGACCCAGCUCGAGUCCUAUCUGCCUUCUCCUUCCCCGAACUGCCGCCUCCGCCUCCGAACACCGCAAACAUAAGGUUUCUGCUUGCACCCAUCAAUCCCGCAGAUAUAAACGUUAUUGAAGGUGUCUACCCCGCGAAACCAGAGCCUGAUGUCUCCCUCUGCCAAGCAAAGGAUCACCCAAUAUUCGUGGGGGGGAAUGAGGGCCUGGGCAAAGUAAUGGAUAUUGGCGAGGGUGUUGUCGACCUGCAGAAGGACGAUUGGGUUGUUAUGACCAAAGCUCAGAGCGGGACAUGGUCGUCGGCGAAGAAUGUUGCCUUGUCGGAUGUCCUGAAGGUUCCCAAGGGUCUGUCUGAGGCACAGGCUGCUACGAUUACCGUCAACCCCCCAACAGCUUACAACAUGCUACAUGAUUUUGCCCAGCUUGCCGAAGGAGACUGGAUUGUGCAGAACGGUGCGAACGGUGCCGUUGGUCAAGCUGUGAUCCAAAUCGCAGCCGCUAAAGGAUACAAGACUAUCAACUUCAUUCGUGAUCGAGAUGAUGUUGAACUGCUGAAACAACAUCUGGAAUUACUGGGUGCAACGCACGUUGUAACAUAUGACGAACUCUCCGACAAGUCCUUGAGAGCGAAGGUCAAAACGUGGACUGGAGGCAAGGAUAUCCGCCUUGGUCUCAACUGUGUAAGCGGCAAAACGACCACCCUGAUGGCUCGACUACUUGGGAAUAAUGCACAUCUUGUUUCAUACGGUGCGAUGUCCAAGGAACCUCUAUCACUUCCAACGUCGCUCUUUAUUUUCAAGAACCUUGCUUGCCAUGGGUUUUGGCAAACCCGUUGGUAUAGCAACAAAUCCUUAGAACAACGCCAGGAACUGCUCAAGACGCUGGCUGCUCUCAUGCGAGAUGGGAAGCUUCGGGACCCUGACCAUGAAGUUUUUACAAUUGGCGGGACGGAGAGCGACGUCAGUGCAUCUGAAAAAAUUUGUAACCUCCUAGCGCGCUUAGGCCAGGGAAUGUAUGGGAAGAAAGUACUCUUGAGGGUCGAAGAAACUGCAUGA